AUGCAGGAGUGGGAGCUUCUGUCUGAGGUGCCGCUGCUGCAGCAGCCCGCAGCAGCUGCAGCACAGGCUGGCGCCGGCAGCGGCGGCGUGCACGGCAGCGGCGACCUGCAGCAGGCGCUGCUGGCGCCUGGCAGCGUCGGCGUGACGUGGCGCGGGGACGGCCGCUACUUUGCCACCGCCAGCCUUGACACGCCAGGUGCCGCCGCCGCCACGCUGCGGGUGUGGGACCGAGAGACGGCAGAGCUUCAUGCUGAGGGCGAGGCAGCUGCGGGGCUGCUUCCGGCGGUCGCGUGGCAGCCCAACGGCCGCCACCUGUAUGCCGCAGUCUGCAAGCCGGCGGCCGGGCUGCCGGGAGCUGAGCAGCCUCCCUCCCAGCAGGAGGGGCAGCAGGGGCACCAGCGACCCGAUGAGAGCGAGCAGGCGCUGCAGGCGGCGGCGGAGGGCAUCCAACACGUGGGCGCCUGGAAGCGCGAGCUGCGCCGCCGCCAACAGCAGCGCGAGGCCGCCGCCGCGCCGGGGGGCGCCGACUCUGCCGCCGCUGCCAGCUGUGUGCUGCUGUUUGAACGCAAUGGGCUGCAGCACGGCGGGUUUGACGUGCCGCCGGCGGCGGCGGGCGGGGCCAGCGCCAUCGAGCAGCUGGCCUGGAGCCCAGACUCUGAGUUCCUGGCCGUGGUGCUGGCAGAGGAUGACGAGGACGGCCUGCCGCAGCAGGUGCUGCAGCUGUGGCACCGCUCCAACUGGCGGUGGUACCUCAAGUCCGAGCGCCGCAGCCGCUGCUGCUCUGCGCUGCACUGCUGGUGGGAUGCCGCCGCGCCGCUGCUGCUGCACACUGUCUCUGCAGAAGGAACCUACCAGCAGCUCCAGUUCUCGCGCCAGGCGACGGUCAGCGGCCGAGGCACGGCCGCCGUGGUGGACGGCAGCGCGCUGCUGCUGACGCCGCUGCGCCACUCAGGCAAGCGCUUGGCGAUGGCGGCAGAUGCGGGCGUGCUGGUACCGCCGCCCAUGUGCGGCGUCACCGCCGCCAUGCCCGCCCCCGUCAGCUGCCUGGCGUUUUGCGACCAUGGGGAGCGGGAGGCACUCGCCGCCGUGCUGUCAGAUGGGAGCCUGGCGCUGCUCACCGCGGUGGAGGACGACUUGUGGGAGGAGACGCUUGAGGAGCAGCUGGAGCAGCAGCCCUGGGACAGGCCCGGGACGCCCAUGCUGCUGCCGCAGCUGCUGUCUCUCGACUCGCCGGCCCUGGGGGCUGCUGCCGCCACGGGCAGCGGCACUGUACAGAUGGCGGCCUGGGUGGAUGCUGAGCGGCUGCUGCUGGUGGUCUGCAUCGGCAGCAGCAGCAGUGCCCUGUUGGUGGAGCUGGCAGUGGAUGGCGGCGCAGGCGCGGCGCGGGAGAUGGCUGCGGUCAGCAGCGGCGUGCCGCGGCUGCUGGCCUGCUGCUCGCGGCCGCCGCCCGGCAGCGGCGUGCUGCUGCAGCAGCACGGCGGCACCCUGCUGGCGUAUUCUGCGGGUGGCCUGCUGCAGCCGCUGCCCGCAGCCGCCAGCUUCCCUUGCGGCUGCUCCCAGAUGGUCGCAGUGCCGGCGGAGGCGGCGGCUCCAGCCGACGGCGCCCCGGCAGCAAAGAGCGCAGCGGCCGCGUUUGGGCUCAGCAGCCGCGGCCAGCUGUACUUGGGUGCUCGUCAGCUGGCGACAGGCGUCACCAGCUUUGCGCUGCGCAACAGCGGCCCCGGAGGCGCGUACCUGCUGUACACCACCCGGCAGCACACGCUGCACACGCAGCCCGUGGACAGCUGCCUGGCAGCAGGCGGCGGCCCGCCAGGCUCCCAGCAGACGAUGGCGGCGGCAGGCCCGGAGCAGUGGCAGCAGCCGGCAGCCCAGGCAGCCCAGCAGGCGCAGGCGCAGGCGCAGCAGAAGCAGCAGCAGCAGCAGCAGGGUUUCAUGGCAUCGAUGAGAGCCGCCAUGCGGCCCACAGGGCCGGCAAACGGGGCGGCGGCGGCGGGGGUGAUGGUGCGCAGCGUGGAGCAGAAUGCGCUGCUGGUGGCGGUGCCUCCUGGCGACGUCCAGGCGGUACUGCAGAUGCCCCGCGGGAACCUGGAGGCGGUACGACCCCGUGCGCUGGUGCUGCCGGCCGUCGCCGCCGCGCUGGACGGCGGCGACUUUGCGGGCGCCUGGCAGCUGGCCGCCACCAACCGGCUGGACCUGAAUGUUCUGGUGGACUACCGCUGGCCUCGCUUCCUGGGGCAGGCGGACGCGUUUGUGGAGCAGGUGUCUGAUGACCAAGAGCUGGCAGACCUGCUGUCGGCCCUAGCUGAGGCCUCCACAGCUGCGCCCGGAGGGCUGUACGCCGCAGCGCUGCCGCUGGCACCUCCCAGCACGCUGCCAGCCGGUGUGGAGGUGCCAGAGGCGGCGCAGGGGCAGCAGGGCGAGCAGGAGGCAGACGCAGGGGCCGCGGCAGGGGGCAAGGUCGCCCUGGUGUGCGCCGCGGUGCGGGAUGCGCUCGAGCGGCGCGACAAGGCUCGCUACCUGCGCGCCAUCCUGACCAGCCACGCCCAGUGCGGGCAGCUGGGGGCGGCGCUGGCGCUGGUGAAGCGGGCCAAGGAGGAGGAGCUUCAGGGCCAGAGGCAGGAGGGCGGCGCGCCCACGGCGGAGGACGGGCUGCGCCACCUGCUGCUGUUCAUCACGGACGACACGCUCUACCAGGCGGCCCUGGGCAUGUAUGAGCUGGAGCUGGCGUACAUGGUGAAGGAUCCGGGCGAGUAUCUGCUGGAGCUGCAGGCCUUUGCCGCGGUGCAGGACCCGCGCCUGCGUCGCCACAAGAUAGACAUGCACCUGCGGCGGUGGGACCGUGCGCUGUGCCACCUGGCGGCGGCUGGCGAGGAGCACUUUGCCGCCGCCCUGGAGCUGGCCCGCGACAAGGGCCUCAUGCGCCUGCUGCUGCAGCUGCAAGAAGGCGAGCUGCCGUUUCUGCUGGUCUUGGUCUGCCUCGGCGGCCGCUGCAACGAGGAGCGGCGGCGCCAGGUGCAUGCCGCCUAUGGCGAGGUGCUCGAGGGCAGAAACCUGCAGGAGGAUGCAGGCCUGGCGUAUGUUGCGGCGGGGCAGCUGGACGACGCAAUCCGAGCCUACCACGCCGCCGGGCAGUGGCGCAUGUGCUUUGCGCUGGCGUCCAAGGCGGGGUGGGGCGCCGAGGCGCGGCGCCGGCUGGCGGCGGAGCUGGCGGAUGAGCUGGCGGCAGCUGGCAGGGCGGCGGAUGCCGCGCAGCUCACGCUGGAGUACCUGCACAACGUGGAUACCGCAGUGCUGCUGCUGGCGCACGGCGGCGAGUGGCGGGAGGCGCUGCGGGUGGCGCAAGACCUAGUGGACACUGUGGUGGCUCCCAGGGCCGCCCAGGCGGCGGCGGCAGCGCUCGAGGAGAUCGGGGAGAAUAUCGAGCGGGUGGGCAAGUACUGGGCCCGCCUGCGCCAGCUGCGCCAGCGCCGAGACGACAUGGAGGCGGCGCUGGCGGCGGCAGAGGCCGAGUCGGGCCUGCCCAGCAGGCAGCAGCAGCUGGAUGUGUUUGAUGACACAGCCUCCGUGGUGGACAGCCUGGUGAGCGGGCUGAGCGUGUACACCGAGCACACGCACACGGGGGCCACCAGCGUGGCAGGCAGCAGCAGCACCCCGGCCUCCACGGUCGGCGGCAAGCGCAAGCCGCGCAAGACAAGGAACAAGAGCCAGGGCAGCCGCAUCCGGCAGGGCGGCCCCAAAGAGGAGGAGCAGCUGGCGCAGCACCUGCUGGGCCUGGCGCCGUCGGCGGACACGUGUGGGGAGGUGGGGCAGCUGGCGGAGCUGCUGUUGCUGCUGGGGCAUGCCCCCGAUGCGACGCUGCUGCAGCAGCGCCUGGCAGCGCUGGUGCAGCAGCAGGCGAGCGCCGCGGCCGACAUCCUGGCCCACCCUCCGCCGGCGCUGGCGCUGGCGCUGACGCGGCAGCAGGCGGCGGCGGUGGCGGCGGCGGCGGGGCCCGCGGCGGCGGCCGCCGUGGCCGCCAGCCUGGCCGCGCUGCCGGGCGCGGCGCUGCAGCAGCGGGUGGCGGCGGCGGAGGCGGCGGUACGGGAGGCGCACUGGAAGUGGGACAUUCUGAGGGAGGCGCCUGCAGCACCUCCCACAGCGCAAGAGGACGGCGGCGCCGCCGCACCUUAG